AUGGAGUUCUUGAGCUUCGCUCUCUUGAUUCUUUCUUUUGCUGCAGGUGAGGAAGUGCAGGACUUCCCAGAAAGCUGCCAGAAAGAACUGCAAUUGGGUUCCAAGAAAUACCGAGUCACUUCUCGUACGGUCAUCCACCAGAGCUGCAGCAUCCACGGAGACGUAGAGGUGGAACUCCAUGCACCGCUGCUCUUUGAUGCUGUAGAGCUUCAUGGAAGUGUCACUUUUUUGGCCACGGCUUCGUUUCAUGAGGCCUGUUUGAGUGUGGCUGGCCCAAUGAAGAUCCAUGGGUCGGUCGAGUUCCGCAGCUGUCGCAACAAUGCGACUGGAAGUCCAGGAGGUGCUGUUUAUGUCGGAGGAGAUCUUCAUGUGGAUGGUUCUGCUCGAUUCCAAAACUGCCAUGCAGAAUCGGCUGGUGGUGCAAUCUAUGUGGAUGGAGAUUUCUGGCAGUCAGGUGGUACCAUGCAAUUCGACAACUGCUCAGCUGAAAAUGGUGGAGCUCUUUCUGUCCAUGGUGGACUUCAGCAGUCAGGUGGAACCUUAUCCUUUGGAGGUUGCUCAGCAAGGAAAUGGGGCGGAGCAAUUCACCUUGAGGGGGAUCUUCAGCAUUCAGGUGGCUCUGUCAACGUUCACGAUUGCACAGCUUCGGAAGGCGGUGGUCUAUACCUGAAGGAGCACAUUGUGGAUUGGACCGCUGGUUCUAUGUUCGCGUCCAACUGCUCAUCAUCUCGCGGAGGUGCAAUGGUGGCCAAGAGCCUUGUGCAGUCUGGGGGUCAGCUGGAUUUUGAAAGUUGCGGUGCAUCAAUUGAAGCUGGAGUACUCCACUUGCAGCAGGACCUCAAUCAGACAGCAGGAAGCAUGUCCUUCAAGGGUGGCUUUGCAGCAGCCCGUGGUGGUUGUGCAAUCAUAGAGAAUAGAUUUUGGCAGAUGGGUGGCAGCAUGCUUUUCUCAAAUUGCACUAGUCAGAGAAGCCACGGUGGCGCCAUCCACGUUGGUCAUCGUGGUUUUGGAGGGCUGAAGGCAUCAGGCAAGCUGACCUUCCGUGGCUGCAGUAGCAACAGCGGGGGAGCCAUCAAGGUGACUGCAGGUGGUGCUGAAUUUUCGAACGGCACCUUCCUCUUCGAGGAUUGCAUUGCAGAUACGGGCGGAGCUGUCAGCGUCAGCGCUGGUCAUUUCAUCCACAGCUCCGGCUCUAGCACCUUCAGUCGUUGCAGGGCUUUGACGUCGGUUGGUGGCGCUUUGAAAGUGGAGGGUGCGCAAUCGUUGUUUAAGAUGCGCGGUGGCUCCAUGCGAUUCUCAGAUUGCUGGGCCUUUUCCAAUGGCGGAGCGUUGUUCGUGAUGAAGGGGCUGCGGCAACAAGGUGGUGACAUUGAGCUGAUGAACUGCAGCUCAACCAGCCAAGGUGGAGGGAUCUACAUCGGCCUCAGAGAUGGUGGCAACCUGGAACAAGAUGCUGGCUCGAUAAGUCUGAACAAAUGCUAUGUGGCUGGAGGCGACUUUCAGUUCGGCUUCGGAGGUGGGAUCUCCGUUGGGGACUCUGUCCGUCAGUCUGGCACUAUCCGUUUGGAAAAUUGUCAUGUCGAAGGCGGAUCUGGUGGUGGAAUGAAAGUGCGGCGGAUGCUGAACGUCAGCGGAUCAAUGUCCUUCUCAUCAUGCCGUGCCACAAAGGAUGGCGGAGCCUUCACCGCAGAUUCCGUCUAUGUUGAAGGUGGUGCGAAGCUGAGUUUCGACAAGUGCAGAGCAAAAGCAGGCGGAGCAUUGAAGCUGGAUAUGGGUUUUGAACAGCAGGGUGGCGAUGUGAGCUUCCGCAACUGUAGUACUUGGAAUGUCGGAGCGCAAGUUUUGAAGCUCAUGAGCGAAAAUGCCCGGCAUGGUCGUGGAGGUGGUGCCAUCUGGAUUCGCAAUGGGAAUCUCACGCAGACAGCUGGUGGCUUGAGAUUUUACGGAUGUGGUGGGGUCAAAGGUGGAGCUGUUUACAUUAGCGAAGGCCAUCUGAUUUUGAAGGGAGGGAAACAGGACUACGUUGAGUGCGUUGCCAGCUCGGGCGGAGGAGGUGUUUUUCUGCACAAGGGUCAUGUCUUCCAGCAGAAGACUGAUCUGACAUUUCAAAGCUGCAAAGCACAACGGAAGGGUGGUGCCGUAGAUGUGAGUCACGGCAGCUACUAUCAGAGUCCAGGAACUUUGUUGAACAUCACCAAGUGCGUGGCAAGAGACCAUGGAGGUGGGUUGUUUGCUUCUGAGUCCUUACAUCUGGCUGAUGUAGACUUUCGCGAAAACUUUGCCUGGGGUUCUGGCAUGGCAGCCAUUGCCCGAGAUGAUGUGGUCAUGGACUCCAUGCACUUCACCGGAGAUGGUGAGUCGGUCAUCAGUGCUCCACUGGUGGUGGUGCAAAAAACGGUGAACUGCACCGCCAGUCAACAGUGCCGUCUGCGUGCAAGGGAAGUCCAGGUGAACGAAUUUCUGUGCCCUAUUGGUGCUGGGCGCUACAAAGGCAGAUUGGCUGAGGGGUGUUUACCUUGUGUUGCUGGAAGGGUGCAGAUUCUUGAAGAAACAAACGCGUCAUGUGCACCUUGUCCAAGCAACUCCUUUUGUUCCGCGCAAUAUCUACGAGCCUUCCCAGGCUACAUGCUGAGCUCAGACAACAUCAGCCGUAUGUAUCACUGCCCCAACUCCAUGGCUUGCCCAGGAGGAGACUUGCCGAACAAGACCAAACCGAUGUGCGGGAAUGGCUACACUGGUCUGGGCUGUGCUGAAUGUGAAACCGCCACUCACGGCAAAUCAGAUGUCGACAUUCUGCAGUGUAUUCCAUGUGCCAAUGAGAGGAUGCAUUGGCCUUUGGCAUUGCCGGUGCAAGUCUCAUUGGAGACUUUGGAAGAGAAACAAAGCAAUGUUUUGCUGAAUCAGUUUAUGGCCUUUGCAGUGGUCGCUGGUUCGACGUUGUCCUCGACCAUGAAUACGAAGACGCUGAAGCAGUUCAGUAGUCGGAAUUCGGAUAUUGUGUGGUGGUCAGGCUUGCUCCAACCAGAUGCAGGUGCUUCUCUGGAAUGUAUCCUGGGCUACCUCGGCCUCCCAAAGACGGUGUGGCAUAGUCAUUUGAUCAGCUCUGUGACCCCUGUGCUUCUGAUGCUCCUAUUUGCUGUCAUAAAGGAUGUCCCCUCUGCUUUGAUGGUGGGAAGUAACUGCUUCUUGCCACGUUUUUGGGGCGACGUGGGUCGCUUUUUUGUUUGCUAUCGCAUAGAGCCGGAGGCAGAUGGUGGACAACAGAUUUGUCGCUUUCUUCCCCCGCAGCCCUGGGCGCUGCUGGCGCUGUUCGUGCUGCUCUUUCUGGGCGUCCUACUGGGCUGGUGGCGCAGCGUCACAGCGGCGGAGCGGCAAAGGGCCCAUGUGAUAUACCUUACCAGAGGAUAUCAACCACGGUAUGCAUCUUGGGAGUUGGAGCGCUUGGUGCGGAAGAUGGUCCUGAGGCUUUUUACAGCCUUGCUACCAGUGACCCUUUUUCCAGCAUUGCAUAUGGCAGGCAAUACCCUCGUUCUGCUUUUUGCGUGGACUGUGCACUUGCACGUUGCACCGUACCAGAGAGCCAAGUGGAAUGUCACCGAAGCUUUGCUACUCACCACGGCAUUGUUGAUGACCAUCCUUUCCAACUGCAUGAUCGCAAAUGAUUCACAUUGGGGACACUCUGUGCUGACGCAGUAUGUCCUGUUUUUCGUGAUCGUGUCCUUGGCUCUCGUCGCCUCCCUGGUUAUCUUGGUGAUGUUUCUGCUGCAAGUUUACCAAGAGAGGUUUGCACCACAAGAUGUCGAGAAGAAGACUUUGGAAGAGUGA